AUGCCCACCAUCCUCUUUCUCACCAACAGCGAACUAGGCCAGGCCUCUGUCUGUCUAGCCGUCGCCCACGAAUUCCUCCUCCGCCCAACCUACACCAUCCACAUCGCCUCCUUCGCCUCCCUCCGCGUCUCCAUCUCCCAACUCAAUCUCCGCGCCAUCUCCUUCCUCCCCGUUUCCUCGCGCUCCGCCCGAGUCCGCCCAGCAACCUUCCACAUCCUUCCGGGCCCCUCCAUGAAACAAGCCCUGGAACAACGCCACAACUUCAACGCCAGCAAGGCCUUCAAACUUCACGGACUGGGCUUCCAGGCUGCGUGCCAGGCGUACAAGGAUGUGUUGGCGAAGAUGGUCGCGCCGUGGAGUGGGGAGGAAUAUGUUGCGAUAUAUGCUGGGUGUGUGGAUGUGAUUGAGAGAGUUGGUCCGCAGUUGGUUGUAGUUGAUCCGUUGUUUGGACCAGGGUUGGAUGCGCCGAAGUUAGCGGGGUUGUGGAAGUUUCCUAUGUUGUGCUCGGGAUAUCCUUAUCCGCUGCCGUGGAGCUUGAUGCUUCCUAAUGCUAUUCUUGGUUUGCGCUUGCUGGCCGCGGUCAAGUCUAGUCCUCAACUGAAGCAGGUCGAGAGAGCGCGCAAGCGCCACGGUAUUAAGCACGCCAUUCCCGAUAUGUUUGUCAAUCCGGAUGACAAGAAAGUUCUCGCCGUUCUUCUCCCUGGUCAUGUUGAGUGUGAAUUGCCCUGUUUCCUGCCUGGCAAAUUUACUCAUUGCGGGCCGAUAUUGCGACCCUACGCCCCUAUCUGCGACGAGCAUCCGGAUCUGGCGCAUUGGCUUGCUCAGAGGCCGACUGUUCUUGUUAGUCUGGGCUCGCUUGUGGUGUUCACCCCAUCUAUGGAGAGACAGUUUGCGAGGGGAUUGAAGAUGUUGUUGGAGACGAGGCCAGACAUGCAGGUCCUUUGGAAACUACCACGUGCUGAGCCGCAGAGCACCGCGCAAGAGGAGACGUUGGAGUGUUUGUCUUCAGAUAUCGGCGAAGGACGCGUGCGCACGAUGCCUUGGUUGCCCGUGGAACCUAUCUGCAUCCUACAGAGCGGACGUGUGGAAUGUAUCGUGCACCACGGUGGCGCCAAUACCUUCUACGAAGCCAUCAAAGCCGGCGUCCCCCAAGUUGUCCUCCCCAUCUGGUUAGACACAUACGACUUUGCCCACCGUGUCGAAUACCUAGGCGUCGGAGUCUGGGGAAACCGCCAGAGCGCACCUGCUGUAAAAGGCUACGAACUCGGACAGACGCUGAAACGUAUGCUGGCCAGUGUGCUGAAGAUCAAAGUGCAGCGGCGCGCGCGGGAGGUUGCGUCUGAGUUGAAUGGUAAAGAGGGUCGUGUUGUGGCGUACACAAUGGCCAACCAACACGUUGCAUGGAUCGGUCUGGGCAAUAUCGGCCGAGGCAUGGUCCAAAACAUUGCCGAGAAAGGUCCUCAGUCCUCUCUGGCCGUCUACAACCGCACAACCUCCAAGGCGGAGUCUUUGGUCUCGACUCUUCCCCCCAACAAAGCCAGCGUCGCCCCGUCCCUCCCCGAAGCCGUGAACCCCGCAACCCUAAUCUUUAUUUGUGUCGGUGAUGACCCGGCGCUCAAUCAGAUCUUCGCCGCCAUUCUGGAAGCCAAGGGUUUGGAUAUCUCGGGUAAGACCUUUGUCGACUGCUCGACCGUGCACCCCGACACCUCAAGGAAGACGCAGGCUGCACUUAGCCAGCGGGGAGCGGCAUUCGUCGCAUGCCCGGUGUUUGGUGCACCGAAUAUGGCUGUUGCAGGACAGUUGGUUGUUGUGCCUGCUGGAUCUGCAGAGGCAAUUGAGCGUGUGCGGCCGUACCUGGACGGUGUUACUGCGCGUGCUACCCUCCCACUCACUGGCAACGAGGACGUCGGCCGCGCGAGUCUCAUGAAGGUCCUCGGCAACACAUUCAUCCUCAACAUGGUCGAAUCACUUGCCGAAGGCGUCACCGCAGCCGAGAAGACCGGCCUGGGUGCGGAGAUGUACGAGCAAUGGGUUACUACAAUGUUCCCCGGCGCAUUCGCAAAGUACGCAGAACGGAUGACCUCGGGUGACUACCACAAGCGUGAGGAGCCUCUUUUCGCUGUCGAUCUUGCAAGGAAGGACCUGCGCCAUGCGAGUACGUUGGCAAGCGAGGGGGGUAUGAGGUUGAGGAGUGUGGAGGUUACGGACGGGUACUUGCAGGAAGUUAAGAAGGAGAGGGGGGAGAAGGGGGAUGUUGCAGCUGUUUAUGGGGCAAUUCGGAAGGAAGUUGGGCUGCCGUUUGCUAAUAACUGA